AACAUUUGCUCAUCAACAAAAAAUAGACAAGCUGGUAUACAAACUACCAGUAUGUGCUAUUUAAAUUCUUUAAUGAAGAAAGUCUAACAACAGUAUAAAGAAUCUCAAAAUUUUCUAGGGGGAGCUCCGCUGCCCCAAGCUCCCCCGGUGGCUCCGCCACUAGUUGGCAAAUGUAAAUAUCAUACUUGCAAAUGUGGCCAUCAAUUCUGUUUUAUUUGUUUAGAAACAGAAGAAGAUUGUAAAACAAAAUAUAAAUCAGAGUAUAAUAUACCAUGUACAGCAAUUAAAAAACAAGAAUAUACCCAUUUUCCAAGAAUUUAUCAAUUACAUGAUAUUCAUGGAAAAGCUAUUUCCAACAAACCAAGUAAGUUGACAGCCUUUCAUACGAGAAAGUAACAAUAGUACUAAUCAAACUGAUAUUCGCGGUUUGCGCAAUCUUGGCAAUACAUGUUUUAUGAAUAGUGCAUUACAGUGUUUAAGCGAUGUACCACAAUUAACAAAAUAUUUUCUCACGUCAUCUACUAAUCGUAAUAGUGUUUCUCGUACUUAUUCAAAACCAUAGAAUUCCGUCCUCCAAUAUAUAUUUCACUACCAUUAUAUUGCCAAGGUUAUGAUAUCAAAAAGUUAUUAGAUAAAAUUAUAAGCGAAAUUUUAUUAAAUUCCAAUGAGAAAUCAUAUGAGAUAUACUUUAGUAUUGAUGAUCAUAAAAAGCUAUUAGAAUAUCAUUUAUCAGAUACCAUUGAUUGCUCGAAAAUUUUUAUUAUCAUUUCUGUUGUACAUACCGUGGUAGAUAAAUAUAAACAAACAAACAGUUACAUAGACUGUAUUCAACAAAAAAAAGAAAACGAAUCAGUAGUACAAAAAGAGUCCA